AUGGCGGGGCCGAGGAGAGGCGGCGGCGUGGAGCUCGUGCAGCUGAACGUGGGCGGUAGAAGGUUCAGCACCUCCCGCCAGACUCUCACCUGGGUCCCGGACUCCUUCUUUUCCAGCCUCCUCAGUGGCCGGAUCUCCACUUUGAAAGACGAAACAGGCGCUAUCUUCAUCGACCGUGACCCUGAUAUCUUUGCUCCCAUCCUGAACUUUCUCCGGACCAAAGAGCUUGAUCUCAGGGGGACCAAUGUUUCACUGCUGCUGCAUGAAGCCGAAUUCUACGGGAUCACUCCACUAGUUCGCCGCCUGCAGUUGAGCAACGAGCUUGAGCAGUCGUCUUGUGGGAGCGUCCUUUUCAAUGGCUACCUGCCGCCCCCAGUGUUUCCUGCCAAACGGUGGAACCGCCACAGUGUUGCAGGGCCGCAGCUGGCCGUCCGGUCAGGGGGCCUCUCGGAGCGGGCUCUUGUGCGGCGGAGUAAUACCAUGCCCCCCAACCUUGGCAAUGCUGGGCUGCUGGGACGGCUGCUGGAAGAGAGAGGCACAGGUACUGGUGCCACCAGCGACCCAGGCAUGGUGCGCCUCAUAUGCGGGCAUCAUAAUUGGAUAGCCGUGGCCUAUGCUCAGUUCCUGGUCUGCUACAGGAUGAAAGAGACUUCUGGGUGGGAACUGGCAUUCUGCAGCCCUCGGCUGGACUGGGUCAUUGAACGCGUGGCACUGAACGCCCGGGUCGCCGGUUGUUCACUCGGUGACAACGACAAGAUGGUGGCCGCGGCAUCCUGCAGCGAGAUCCUGCUUUGGGCGCUGCAACCCGAUGGGAGCGGUGUGGAGAUUGGUGUGUUCCGCUUGGGGGUCCCUGUGGAAGGCCUCCUGUUUGUGGGCAGCCAGCUGAUUGCUACCAGCCACACAGGCAAGAUUGGUGUCUGGAACGCCGUCACCAAGCACUGGCAGACUCAGGACGUGAGCCCGAUCAACAGCUACGAUUCGGCCGGGUCCUUCUUGCUGCUGGGGUGCAGCGAUGGCUCCAUCUACCACCUGGACGUCCAGAAGUUUCCCCUGCGCAUGAAGGACAAUGACCUGCUAGUCACAGAAUUGUACCGCGACCCGUCUGAGGACGCCAUCACCGCCCUGAGUGUCUAUCUCACACCAAAGAGCAGUAACAGCGGCAACUGGAUCGAGAUCGCCUACGGCACCAGCUCCGGCAUGGUCCGCGUGAUCGUCCAGCACCCAGAGACGGUGGGCUCGGGGCCGCAGCUCUUCCAGACGUUUGCCGUCCACCGCAGUCCGGUUACAAAGGUGAUGCUUUCAGAGAAGCACCUGAUCUCAGUCUGCACUGACAACAACCACGUCCGCACGUGGACAGUGACGCGCUUCCGCGGGAUGAUCUCCACGCAGCCCGGCUCGACCCCACUUGCCUCCUUCAAGAUCUUGGCACUGGAGUCCGGGGAUGGGCAAGGGGGCUGUAGUGCUGGCACAGACAUAGGCCCUUUUGGGGAGCGGGAUGACCAGCAGGUGUUCCUCCAGAAAGUGGUGCCUGACGCCAGCAAGCUGUACGUGUGCCUCUCCUCCACUGGCAAAAGGAUCUGCACGGUCAGCUCCGUCGACGGGGCUUCCAUCACGGCGUUCAUGGUGCAGGAGUGCGAGGGCUCCAGCCGCAUUGGCUCUCGCCCACGCCGCUACCUCUUCACUGGCCACAGCACUGGCAGCGUCCAAAUGUGGGACCUCACCACAGCCAUGGAGAGGCUGGAGCGAGCCCCAGAUGCCGGUGGUCUCUCGGAGGAGGAGCUUCUGCAAGAACUGGGCCACUGUGACUUGGCACUCAUUCACACCCCGGAGCCACAGAGAGCUCGACCUGCCACCCCCAGGGGCUCUUCCCUGUCCCCUUUGCUGCUCUAAUGUGUCGCCGCUUUCUUCAGCAGCCUCCAGUUGCCAGAUGCUGGUGGCAUUCGAGAGAAGCGGGCUCUGGACUCCACAGCCCUUCGCUGUCAUUCCGGCCAGUCUGUCCGCGAAGCCCACAGUCAGUCGGGGGGCGUCGACAGGUGGCGUGUCAGUGGGAACUUUGUUGAGCGAUGCCAGGAGCGUGCCCGCUUUUCUGAGCUCGCCCAGCCUGAGGGCCGUUGGGCCCAGCUCCCCGAGUACCCCGCAGCCGCUGGAAACCAGAGACCGUCCAGCGGUGGCCCUCCCUCGACGGAGCCCACCUUUCCGCUGGCUGCCCCCAGGCGGCCGCUUAGUGAAACAUCCUUCUGA